UCGAAGUGGGUGUGAGAAAUGACUCCGUCUCCUUCAUUAACCAAACUACCUCCUCGUCAUAUAUGCUCCAUGAAGAACAAUUCUGCAACCCUUCGCGGCUCUUGCCAAUUCACCAAAAAACGAAAAUUAAGAUCCACUUUCAAUAAUAUCUCUUCAUCAACCUCGCCUCAAUCUGAUCAUCAAUCCCAAUGUGAUCAUGAUUAUGAGCUUCAGCUUGAGGAAAUGAAGUCCAAUUUAGAAGAUUCCAAGAAGCCCUCCAGCAAUGGCUCUUUGCAGGAAAAGCUGGUGAGGUACAAGGAAUGCCGGAAGAACCAUGCAGCCAACAUCGGCGGCUACGCCGUGGACGGAUGCCGGGAAUUCAUGCCCGCCGGAGAAGAAGGAACCACCGUGGCUUUCGAGUGCGCCGCCUGUGGCUGCCACCGGAAUUUCCACCGGAGAGAGAUCGUCGACGACUGCAACUCUGACUGUUCUUCCAUAUCUACAACCCGGAAAUAAUUAAUUCUUGCCAUAGUUUCUUUCUUUUCUUCUUCUUCUUUUUCUUUUUUCUUGUUUCUUCCAUAGUUCUUCCAUAUCUCUGCUGUAAUGUUGGCAGCUCAACUCUAUUAGGGUUGGCGCUAUGACUAAAUAAGAAUUUCCCUCACAGCUCAGUGCAGAUUAUUCA